CACCUCGUCUCCUCUCCUCUCUCUUCGUUGGGCAACUCGCCGGUCGAAACGCUCUUCCCCACCUCAUUCCUCCCUCAAAUUCUCGAUCCAGGCCGAUCCGGAUCCGCGUGCGUGGAAACCCUAGGGCGUGUUGCGAUCUUUGAAUCCAGGAAUUGCUGAAUUCGGGGUCGAAUCGUGUGUGGGGAGAUUGCCGAUCGGUUUUCGUGACUGAUGAGGUUGAAUUGACGGGGAUUUGUUGAGGUUUCUGGGACGCGAGGAGGAAUGGCGAAGGUGGUCUGUGAGGGAUGGAUGGUUAGAUAUGGCCGGCGGAAGAUUGGCAAGUCGUUCUUCCACAUGCGGUACUUCGUCCUCGAGACGAGGCUUCUGGCCUAUUAUAAGAGAAAGCCUACGGAUACUACGGUUCCGCUCAAGACUCUUGUUAUAGAUGGGAAUUGCAGAGUCGAGGAUAGGGGCUUAAAAACACAUCAGGGUCAUAUGGUUUAUGUUUUAUGUGUUUACAACAAGAAAGAGACAAAUCAACAAAUAAUGAUGGCAGCAUACAACAUCCAGGAUGCUCUUAACUGGAAAGAGAAGAUUGAGUUAGUUAUUGAUCAGCAACAUGGUUCAGUGACCAGUAAUGGAAAUCGGACCUCUGUUUCAAGUGACCUUGGAAUGGAUAUUGACAGGAAUGAAUCUUCCUCUAGUCAUGAAAGGCAUCCUGAAGAUGAAGAGGAAAAUAAUCCCACUUUACUACAGGGGACAACCAUUGGGAAUGGCCCUCCUGAUUCAGUACUUGACUGGACGCGUGAUCAAGUUUCUCCUAGAAAGCAUUGGCGACUGCCAAGAAGAUAUAGUAAGACAAUGAAAGCAGUUGGUGUGGUGGAUGCCACAUGUGAAGCUAUAUUUGGGCUUGUAAUGACUAUGGAUGGCACACGUUUUGAGUGGGAUUGUAGUUUCCAGCAUGGCAGUUUAGUUGAAGAGGUUGAUGGACAUACAGCUAUAUUGUACCAUAGAUUGCAGCUGGAGUGGUUCUCAAGGUUUGUGUGGCCUCGUGACCUUUGUUAUGUGCGUUACUGGCGACGUAAUGAUGAUGGAAGUUAUGUUGUGCUGUUCCGAUCUAGAGAUCAUCCAAACUGUGGUCCUCAGCGAGGAUUCGUGAGAGCCCAUAUCGAGAGUGGUGGAUUCAAGAUUUCACCCCUUAGAUCUCGUGAUGGGAGACCUCGUACUCAAGUCCAGCAGCUUAUGCAAAUUGACCUUAAAGGGUGGUUUGUUGGUUAUUUUCCUUCAUUUCAGCAACACUGUUUACUUCAUAUGUUGAAUAGUGUCGCAGGAAUACGCGAAUUAUUUUCUCAAACAGAUGAAAUUCACACAGCAAAUAGAAUUCCAAUCAUGGUCAGUAUGACAUCAGAUUCUGUUUCUUCUAAGAAGGAACAGAAAACCGAGGAAAUCAGCUUUCAGCCUGGUGUAUCCCUGGACCAAGUGUUUAAUGAUAAUAGACAACCGAUUAUUUUAGAUGAAGACUCCGAUGAAGAUGAGGACAAUCAAGUACCUGAGGCCGAAGAAGAGGGAUCCUCAAUCAAAACUGGAAAUAAUAUCAAGCAGCCAGAUAUAGAAGUAGAGACUUCAGAUAUUUUAGACACAUCCUGCUUCUCUGGCAAUUUACGGUGGGAUGAUGGUGAAGAUAGUCGCAAUUGUUGGAAAAUACCAGAUGGAAAUAUUUUCAAAGUCCGCAGUGAAAAUUUUUUUAAAGACAAAUCCAAGAUUCCUGCAGGAAAGUACCUCAUGGAACUUGUAGCAGUUGAUUGGCUGAAAAACACAAAACGAAUGGACCAUGUUGCACAGCGAACAGGCUGCGCAGCCCAAGUUGCCUCUGAGAAAGGACUGUUCACUUUGGUCAUAAAUCUGCAGAUUCCAGGAUCAACACAUUACAGUAUGGUGUUCUAUUAUGUAAAGAAACAAUUGGUACCUGGAUCACUACUGCAGCGAUUUGCUGAUGGCGAUGAUGAGUUCCGCAACAGUAGGUUAAAGCUAAUCCCAUCUGUCCCUAAGGGCUCAUGGAUUGUUCGUCAAAGUGUUGGAAGCAACCCUUGUUUAUUGGGAAAAGCUGUUGAUUGUAGCUACAUUCGUGGAGAAAAAUACUUGGAAUUAGACGUGGAUAUUGGUUCUUCAGCAGUGGCUAAUGGAGUGCUCGGGCUAGUGUGUGGUGUACUUACAUCAUUGGUAGUUGAUAUGGCAUUCCUCAUUCAGGCUGUUACUUCUGAUGAGCUUCCAGAGCGACUCAUCGGGGCUGUUCGUGUGUCACAUGUUGAGCUGUCGUCUGCACUUGUCACAGACCUUGCAGAUAGCCCUUCAGAAGAAUGACUGCUUCAGAUUAUGUUGCAUCCAUUAUUCAUUUCAUGAAUAGAAAUUCUUUUGUUCCUUCUCCAGCUAUCAACAGAAGUGGCACACAUUCAUGCUCCGAGUUGUACAGUUCAGACAGUAACAUCAGCAGUUUUGGUCAUACCAAGAAGUCUCCUUGAAAAAAUCUAUCAGAAGCUCAUCCAAGUCCUUACCUCUUUGAUCAUCAACUCAAGGACGUGAAUUACAAGGCGUUUGGUUCAUGUCACUUGAAAACUACAGCCAGGUUUUUGCUUGUAUUCUUAUUUGAUGUCUUCCAAGUCCAGUUCAUCUCCUGCAUCUAGGCAAACUUGGCAUAUCACAUUAUGGUAUGCCAUUUGAGCUCUAGUUUUCCUAUCGCAUUAUGCAAUGUUGAGAGGACAUGUCCUACAGCUUUUUUUUUUCACCUUCAUCUUCCAAGUUUUGCAGGUGGUUGGAAGUUUGUUUACACAUCUUAAGUUAUUAAACAUUGUUUAUCUCUCAUUGUUUUGAUAAUUCAAUUUACCUUGUGAUUUCUCCAUAAUUUGACUGGACUAUAUGCUCUUAUGUUGAGACCUACUAACAAAAAGAAAAGUUUGGAUGGUCCAUCUCCACAGUCCAUAUCCUUGAUCUAAUAGCUAUUGCUAAGG